GUCCUUUUCACCCAACAAGAUCCAUUUGCCUCGUUUCAAGCCGGAAAGCUGCAAUCAUUUGUGAUGAACAACUGCGUCGGACCACGACGAUACCUCCGCUACGUUCGUGUCUUUGCAGUUCUUGCUCGAGCUCCUCAGCUGGCUCGAUUGGAGCUUGUUGGCACAAGGUUUAUCGAAGGUCUUCUAGAGCAGAUCGUGGAUCGUCAUGAGCCUCCAAUCCUCUGUUUCCGAAAUCUUCAACGGCUGGUGCUGGCAGGUAACAGGGACUCGACGGCGGUGGAUGCAGGCUUACUGCUUCUCGCCGGCCAGCAGAGUCUCGUCCACGCUGCUUUGCAAAUUUGGCACACGAAGAACGCCCUAUUUGAAGCCCUUUCUUACGCUAGAGUUCGGCUCUCGCGAUUGGAAAGCCUUAUUCUGGUAACUGAUCUCAUGUCUCCUACCUUUACGAUCUAA